AUGUCGGAGCAAAAGCGAUUCCAGCGCCUGCUGACCCAAGAAGAACUCGGAGAUCGCGCGCCUUCUCAGCUCUUACGGCGUAUGCGCCAACUGCUCGGCGACCGUCCCGACAGCGCCGUAAUCGACGAUUCCCUGCUCCGCCAACUCUUCCUCCAGCGGUUGCCGGCCAAUGUCUGCAUGGUUUUAGCCGCUGCUGGCACCAUGAGCCUGAACGACCUGGCCAACCUUGCCGACAAGAUCAUGGAAAUGGCACCACCGCAGAUCGCAGCUGUGGCCUCGCACCCCCCUUCUCCGCCUACGGCUACUGGUUCCAGCUCGCCGCAAGCAGUGGACCUUUCUCAGCUCGUGGAACAGAUCUCCAACCUGCAGCUGGAGGUUGCAGCCCUCCGCCACUGCAGUCCUUCUCCGUCUCCACGCCGAUCCCGCUUCGCGCAUCGACGUUCCCCAUCUCCAGCUGGAAUUUGCUGGUAUCAUCGCCGUUUCCGCACCAAGGCUCGCAACUGUACACCACCAUGCACCUUCCAGGGAAACUCCCGAGCCAGUCACUAG